AUGAAGGCUAAGUAUUCUCGUGAAGUAUUAGAAAAUCAACAGCUUAUAAAGAAGAGUUUAUCUGCUAACGAAUAUCUAUAUAAAGUUCCCAAACCCGGUGAACGAUUUAAAUAUCCAGAUGUGGUAAAAAAGUUCAACAAGAAAAUAAAUAUUGAUUAUUAUAUCGAAAGUCUAUUUGGUCUCUGUGCCCGUUUUAUAAAUUAUGAUGAUAAAUAUCAACCAUCGCCUGAAUCCCUCUUGAAAGUCUUGAAUCGCAAAAAGAAAUCCAAGGAGAAGAAAUUAAAAAUUGCUAAGGAUUUAUUGCAAAAUAAUGACUCUCCGAAUUAUAAUAAGAAUAAUGCUAAAGCUUUAGCAUAUACUCAAAGACGUGAAGGAAAAUGCUUAGCUAGAGUUAGCCCUAAUAUUUAUUUAUAG